AUGGCGAGGAAUACAACUGUUCCCGGCGUGGAUGCCGACGUCAUCGCGCCGUCAGCAGAAUUAACUACUGAGAAGAAGUUGGAAGGGCAACACGACAUUGAGGCCAGCCCUGAGAGGGUGGCGGCGCCGAGCUAUUCUCAGGAUGGAGAGGUGGAGAUCAACUACAAGAACCUUGAGUGGUGGCAAGCUGGUGUGGUCAUGAUCGCAGAGACAGUGUCUCUAGGUAUCUUAUCACUUCCCGCUGUGGUGGCCAAUGUUGGGCUUGCACCUGGAAUUGUUCUCAUUAUUGUGAUGGGACUCAUGUCGACAUACUCUGGAUUGGUCAUGGGCGAAUUUCGACGGAAACACCCCUGGGUGCAGAGCUUCGGUGAUGCGGGUGAGGUCAUGGGUCGAUCGAUAGGUAUGGGGCCAUUUUUCCAGGAGCUCUUCGGCUGGGCGCAAACCAUCUUCGUCGUCUUCGUCAUGGGCAGUCAUCUUCUCACUUGGACUAUCUGCUUGAACACCCUGACGAGCAGCUCCACCUGCACCAUCGUAUGGGCCGUGGUUGGACUGGCGGUCUUCUGGUUCAUGAACACACCUCGCACCAUGAAGUUCGCUGGAUACUACUCAUUUGCGUCAUUCGCGUCCAUCUUCACCGCAGUGAUGAUGACAGUUAUCGACGUAGCCAUCGAGAAGCCCAUCGGAUCGACAAGUAUCGACGUCGCCAGACAAGUCGGCUUCACGUCGGCCUUCCUGUCGGUCACAAACAUUGCCGUCGCUUUCUCCGGUCAUUCGUGUUUCUUCGGUAUUUUGUCCGAGAUGAGGCAGCCGAACGACUGGCCCAAGGCCUUGUGCCUGCUUCAGGUCUGCGACACCACGCUCUACCUGGUCGCGUCCGUGGUCAUCUACAUCUACGUUGGAGCGGAUGUGCCUUCGCCGGCUCUUUCGGCAGCAGGUUCGCACACCAUGAGAAAGGCAAUCUGGGGUAUCGCGAUUCCCACCAUCGUCAUCGCCGGUGUCAUUUACGGUCACGUUGCCGCCAAGUACAUAUUCGUGCGCGUCUUUGCCGGCACCAAGCACAUCUCCAAGCGCACAUGGGUCGGCACAGCAGGUUGGCUCGGUAUCACUGCUGGUAUCUGGAUCAUUGCGUUGGUCAUCGCCGAGUCGAUUCCGGUCUUCAGCAACCUGCUUGGUUUGCUUUGCGCUCUAUUUGCCAGUUGGUUCUCGUACGGUAUCCCUGGUGCGCUGUGGCUCUGGAUGUACUAUGGCGAGUGGUUCACAUCUGGAAAGCGGAUCGCCUUCUUCGUGGCAAAUAUCUUGCUGGUCUUGACCGGCUUCAUCCUGUGUGCUCUGGGUCUCUGGAGUGCGGGAGAGGCUAUCGCGCAAGAUUCUGGUUCGAAACCAUGGACAUGUGCCAGCAAUGCUGCUCUAUAG